AUGGAUAUGUGUUAUCUUCUGACGCGUAUCGAAACUGAAUCCGGAUCACCAGAGAAGCCGCUUUCUGUGCUCGGUCAUCUUUCUUACGAGUCAUAUUGGCGUUCAAAGGUUCUCCCCUUCCUUUUUCCAAUACUCUCUGUCUCAAAAAAUGCAGAAAUCUUUAUCGAUCUCCAAACAUGUCUUGGCCAUAAUCCAGCUUCUUUAGGUCUUACUACUUUAAAGGCCAAGGGUAUUGCCUGUGGAAAUUCAGAAGAUCGAACUUCAUCCAAAUAUGGACAUAUGAGCGUGAACUCAAUUGAUAUAUUUGGUGAUAGGGUUAAUUCUAUUCAUAUUCGUGGUCGACACGCAUUAUUCUGCAACAGUAGAGAGAUUACGACAGAGGAAACACCCAUCGAGACUAGCCUCGCCAGUAUUUGGUCUGCAAGUAGAGCAGCUAUGCAAAGCGAAUCCCUAGCAGAGCCUAUUAACACUUCUUUUCAAGUCGAGGAGGAACCUAGAUCUCUGAACACUCCACAUCACACGAUUACAAUCCAUUCCAUUAGCCAAAAGACGGGAAUUGAUCCGCAUGAUGUGGCUACAACAUUACAACAAAUGGCGACUGCCAUACAUUUGAACGAGGAAAACAGGUAUAGAAUCCAACUAUUCUUAAGAAGAUUAUAUAUGUAUACUUUAUUACUUUCUGGCUUAUUUGCAUCCUCUCUGUCGUACAUUUUGUAG